AUGAAAAUCCCAGUGGAAAACGAGGUUAUAACUAUUAGGGGAAAUCAAACCCUAUCUAGGCAAUGUUACAUGGCCACUAUGGGCAGCACGGUGGAAACAAUGAACAUCGAUACACCGGAGCUGCUCCUCAGAGAGAAGAAAGCUCAGAAACCCCGAGAAAACUUAGAAACGAUUGAACUUACAGAGGGAUCCGAGAUGUGUGUAAAGCUGGGGGUAGAUUGGCCAAACGAGCACCGGGAAGCUAUCAUAGCUCGGAUAAAACAGUAUGUGGAGGAGUUUACCAACAAGCCAGAGGAUAUUGGGGGGGUAGACCCUAAGAUAAUCUCGCACAAGCUAAACGUGGAUGCUAAAUGCAAGCCUGUCAAGCAAAAGAAAAGAACUUUCUCUCUAGAGAAACAUAUUGCUAUCCGAGACGAAGUGGAGAAGCUUUUGAAAGCUGGAUUCAUCAGGAAGGUAGAUUAUCCGGAGUGGCUGGCUAAUGUGGUUUUGAUCAAGAAGUCUAACGACAGUUUCCCUCUGCCGAACAUUGACCAACUGGUAGAUGCAACGUGCGGAUUUGCGGUCUACGCAUUCUUAGAUGCUUCUCAGAGAUAUCACCAGAUCCCGAUGAAUCAACUGGGCAAGAAUGUCGAGGUUUAUGUAGAUGACAUAGUCGUGAAAUCCAAGGGGAUCGAGGAUCACGCAGGGGAUCUGGCAGAAACUUUUGAAAAGCUGAAGGGUUUUAACCUCAAGCUGAACCCGGAAAAGUGUGUUUUCGCAGUCCGCUCGGGGAAAUUUCUAGGACACCUCAUCUCGGAGAAAGGCAUCGAGGCGAACCCGGAGAAAAUCGAGGCAGUAAUGAACAUGAAAGCACCCAGCUCGGUGAAAGAAGUACAAAAGUUGAACGGAAGAGUCACGGCGUUGGGAAGAUUCAUGAAGGAUUGUAAUACAGCUUUUGAAGAGCUGAAGGUUUACCUCAGCACACCCCCGGUGCUAGGUAGACCUGAGCCUGGGGAAAUCUUAUAUUUGUAUCUCUCGGUGAAUGACGAGACAGCAGCGGCAGUCCUGGUGAAGGAAGAUAAGGUGGCGGCGGAAAAGCUAAGGAGAUAUUUCGAGGCUCACAUCAUUGUAGUACGUACGAACCAACCUCUGAGAAAGGCGCUGCAGAGGCCAGAGAUGUCGGGACGGCUGGUCAGCUGGUCGGUCCAGCUGGGAGGAUAUGACAUCCGGUAUGAACCCAGACCGGCCCUAAAAGCACAAGUGUUGGCAGAUUUCAUAGCCGAGACCACAGCAAGUGACAAACCUGAGGAACCUGAUGAACAACUUCUACGGCGGGUCUUAGAAGUCGAUGGGGCAUCAAAUCUGGAAGGAUCUGGGACAGGCGUAGUCUUGAAAGGUCCUCACGGAGUUACACUCCGAAGCUCGGUUAAAUUCGAUUUCUCGGCAUCCAAUAAUGCCGCGGAGUAUGAGGCUCUGUUGAUCGGAUUAAGAAUGGAGCUCGGAGGAAAAUGGGUGAUAAAGCAAGUUCCUCGUUUGGAAAAUCAAGAGGCCGAUGUACUAGCCAAAGCAGCAACAGUAAACGAAAAGAUAUCGGGGGUCCAUUUCUCUGUUCAAAAGCAUUCCAGCAUCGACAACCACGAAACCAUUUUUCUAACUCAGCCUUUGGAAAAUUGGAUGCAAGGCAUAGCCCACUACUUGAUGGAUGGAACCUUGCCAGAAAACAGAGACAAAGCAUACAAAAUCCUGCGACAAGCUCCGUACUACGCGUUCCUCGACGGAGUCUUAUACAGGAAGUCAUUCACCCAUCCGUGGUCGAGAUGCUUGACAGCAGAGGAAGGGGAGUAUGUGCUGAGAGAAAUACAUGAAGGUAUUUGCGGGGCACACAUAGCUCCUCGCAUGUUGGCAAAGAAAGCAGUGUUGCAGGGCUACUACUGGCCCCUAAUGGUCAGGCAAGCAGAGGAGAUAGUAAAGAAAUGUGAAAAUUGUCAGAGGCAUCAGAACAUCCGACAUGCUCCCACCAUAGAGCAGUGUCCUAUUACCAGUCCUUGGCCAUUUGCAACUUGGGGAAUUGACAUCCUGGGUCCUUUCACACCAACCACGGGGCAGAAAAAGUUCUUGAUAGUGGCAGUAGAUCACUUCACAAAGUGGAUCGAGGUAGAGGCAGUGAGUACCAUCACAGAAGCUCGGAUCAGGGAUUUCUUCUGGAGGCAAAUUGUGUGUCGAUUCGGUAUACCCAGAGCAUUGGUAACUGACAACGGGAAGCAGUUCAACUGUCGAGCCUUCAAGGAAUUUUGCAACGACUUGCACAUUGACCUGCGUUUCACUUCGGUAGUUCACCCGCAAAGCAAUGGGAUGACCGAAGUAACCAACCGAACGAUCCUGAAAGGGCUUAAGGCCAGGCUGGGGGAGUUCGACAGACAGUGGCUGGAAGAGCUACCAAAGGUCAUAUGGGCUUACCGAACCACACCAAGGGCAGGCACAGGAGACACCCCGUUUUCUUUGACGUAUGGGUGUGAAGCAAUGAUACAUGUGGAAAUCGGGAUGCCAACUCUAAGGGUCCAGUUCUUCGAUGAAGCUAAGAACGAGGAAGAACAGAAACUAUGCCUAGACAUGUUGGAAGAGCGAAGAGAGCAGGAAGCGCUAAGAAUCGAAACAUUGCUAAGGGAAAUGCUGGAGUAG